UCUCAACAGCAAGUGCGUCCAACCACACUCCCCAGGUCACCCUUUGCCUCCAAGGCUCCCAAGUCCCAAAUUCACAUCUCAAUGGAGGCUGGAGGACUGAUUUCGGAGGCUGGCUGGACCAUGUUUGACUUCCCGCCACAGGGCGAGGAGUCCGAUAUCAUGGCGCAGCUGCUUGGCACCUUCCCUUCCCAUGGUGAUGAAGCCCAGCAGGAUCUGCCUUGGUAUCAGGCUUCCCAUCCAUCCUACUAUGACGCUGAUCUUAAUACAAGUGCAUGUAGUGACAGCAAUGCUAGCAGCUUUGCUGUUCCAUCCGAAUGCAUGGGCUACUAUUUGGGUGAUUCAAGUGAGGCCCUGGGCAUCACGUCCCUCGCACCACAGGACCUGAACUUGGUCCAGGAGCAAGGCGCAACCGAGUUUCUGAAUAUGAUCCCUAGCAUUUCCCAUGAUUUGUACCGGAACGGCGAGUCAAGCUGCGAGGGUCUCGACUCGGUCAGUGCUACUAACAAGAGGAAGCACUCGGUGGAAGAAGAAAUCGAUGGCCAAGCGAGAGGUCGGAAAUGCGCAAGGAAGGCUGCACCGAAGCGAGCAAAGAACGCCAAGCAAACCGAAGCGAGCUGCUGCACCUCUGACAAUGACUCGAAUGCUUCUCAAGAGUCUGCAGAUGCUGGUGUUACUCCAAAAGGCAAGGCCCGGGCUGGACGCGGGGCAGCAACCGAUCCCCAGAGCCUCUAUGCAAGGAAAAGGAGGGAAAGGAUCAACGAGAGGCUGAAGACACUGCAGACCCUUGUGCCCAAUGGAACCAAAGUAGAUAUGAGCACCAUGCUUGAAGAGGCAGUCCAGUAUGUCAAAUUCCUGCAACUUCAGAUCAAGGUCCUCAGCUCUGAUGAAAUGUGGAUGUACGCGCCGAUUGCGUACAACGGGAUGAACAUUGGGCUUGAUCUGAACAUGUAGAGAUGAUUUUGGCAGUCUCGAGCGGGGAAUGCAGUUUGUGUUUGAGAUAAACGAGUUCUCCACUAACCAUUCAAUCUACCUGUGUUACCAUGUGUCGUUUUGGAAGCUGUUAUACAGAUCAUCAUAGGCGCAGCAGUAGCAUACUUAAACUUGUGAAGAGGCCCUUUUAGAGGAUCAGUAAACUGAAGAUAAUACUACCAUUUUCUUGACAUUAGCAUGAAAUGCAAGAUCUUGAAAACUUGUAGAUUUGUAUUUGUUUUCUUUGGACCAAAUAUAGUUCUUUUGUUGGCAUGUGAUGAUUUGUUCAAUGAUCUAGUCUCUUGUGGUUUGCAAAGUUCAAACCCUGACACUUUAAGAUAAAUGACUGAAACUGCAAAAUCACAUUGGAAUGAGCUUCAUAAUUUUUGGGGGACACAAUCUUUCGGUCUUGCGAUAUACUAUGAGCUAUCACCAUAAAAACAUUUCUCAAUUCCAUUUUCUCUACCCUUUCCACUAUGAAGAAAAUAACCAUGCAUGUAGCUGACUGUUGACGUGCAUUAGAAUUUGCAUUGACAUUUCCAACAUAAACUGAAUUCAUUAAUUAUAAAGUUUUAGAUGCGAGAGAAAAUGUAUUAUUAAGAGGGAUGUGAUAUGCUGCACAAAUCAUGCACUCUCCAUUUUAACAUUUGCCCUAACAAAUCCUCAAACUAACUUCUGAAAAUAGGGUUUAUUUCAGGCCGGCCACACAAGGAUGCGAUCAUUUCAAUUAGGACGCUCCGGUUUUCCUGGCUCGCUGGUCAAGGUUGACCGGUCCACUAUUGACCAUUUACUGUUGACUUUUCAAGUUUUUUUAAAAUCAGGAAUUCAAAAAAAAUGUUUGUGAAAAUUCAAAAUAAUCACGGUUUCAAAAAAAUAUUCAUGAACUCAAAAAGUUCAUGAGUUCAUUUUUUUAUAUGGGAUUAAAAAAAGUUAAUGAAUUUGAAAAAAAGUUCAAGAACUUGAAAAAUUCAUGCUUAAAAAAAAAAGUUCACGGGAUUCAGAAAAAGUUCAUGCAUUUGAAAGAAAGUUCACGACCUUGAAAAAAUUAACGAGUUCAAAAAAGUUCAUGCAUGUGAAAACAAAGUUCACAAAUUUGGAAAAAGGUCGCCUGUCUCACGGGUUUGGGAAAAAGUUACACAAAAAUGGAAAAAGUUCAUGAAUUUAAGGAAAAAAUGUUCACAAUAUGUUUUCAAAAAGUUCACGAAUUAAAGAAAAAGUUCACGCAUCUAAAAAAAUGAAAAAGAAAAGAAAAAACCAAAUAAAACCGUCAUGAAAACCUUAAAAGGAAAGGUGGGAAAAAUCGUCAGAAGCUUCAUAAAACCGGCUGGGUUCUCUUCCCAAAAAAACUCGCAUGACAAAAUGUUGAACACAAAACUACACGUGCGACAAAAUGUUUGCGACCCAAAAAGUUAAAAAAAUGUUAAUGGGCCGAGCCCAAGGAGGGACGGGGUGUACGCUGGUUUGUGCCAACGCCUAUAAGUGGGGCAACGAGCACCAAAUAGGAUCGGGCGCCAGGGGUACAAGUGGGCGAAGCUACAUAGCAGCUUCGAGGCCAGAAGCCUGAACGCAGU